AUAUGACGAACACAUUUGUUCCAGGGACGGCUAGUGGGGACAUUUUAAAUUAGCAAACUGCGCUAAAGCGGUCGGAAAGUCGACAACACAACAGUUAUUCCAUAAAUAUUUAGUUAACUCCAUAUUUUCCUGAUGAAUAUGGCGCUGCGAGCCUGAGAUGUUUCGGAGAACCCACACAUGAGGACAGAUUUGAACCAGGUCAACUGCCCCCGUUUAUCACCAAUCAACUGCCACUUCAGAGACUCCGCCCCUGGCCCCGCCCUCCAGAGAUGACUGAUGCCCAGAAGGCCAAUGAGCUCCCUGAAUGCACCACAGAGGGUGGUGCCACAACAGAAGAGCAGGACAUGCCCCUGAGACAAGAGACCACGCCCACCAGCUCGCCGACGUGCGAGGAACCAAUCAGCUCUCAGAGUCCUGACAAACAGCCCACCCCCAGCCUGCUCUCCAUGCCGUGCUUACUAGACGAGCUUCAUAGAGACUCCGCCGCCGGGCAGCCGCAUGAAACAGACCCACCUCUGGCCGCCAACCAGUCCUGCGCACGGGAAGACAGCGACUCCUCCGUCUGCCAGCGGUCGCCUUCCUCCUCCGGUCACCUGGGAGACUCCGACUCGUCGGCAGACGAAGCUCCGGCGCCCGUUCAAACGGCCGGCAGGAAGUCACGGCGCUCGCAUUCUGAGAGUGACACGCCCUCCGUGACAAUGGCGGCCAAGAAGAAUCGCUGCCAUCAGAAGCAGGUAAACGGGCGCGUGCGCGUCAGAGCCCCGCGCAGCCAGCAGCAGAAGCAGCGCAUGCGACAGCUGCGGCAGAAACGUGAGGCUGCGGCGAGACGCAAACCUGACGUGCUUCAGGACAGCAGCACCAGCGACAGCGACAUCACAGCUCACUCAUCCUCAUCCUCGCCACUAACGGCCUCGUCCGACAACGAUGGAGAGAGAGUCAACUCUCAUGCACCAGUGGGUCCUGCAGUGAUUGGACACUAUGAUAUUUCGGACACUCACUCCGAACAGGAACAGCAGUCGCAGUCGCUCUCAGGUGCAGUUCCUGCAGUAGAAGUCCAGCCGUCUCAGGUGAGUCUGGCGUCCACAGACAGUGAAGUGGAGAUCGUUGGAGUUCAAGAGAACGCCGGCGUGGUCUCCAGGUUUCCUCGUGGUGGAGUCAUCCAGUCGCUUUCUUCCUGGAAGCAGAGAGCCCCGGCUCAGUGGACGUCCGUCUCGGCGCAGUCCGUCUGGGUUCCUCCUCCUGAGGUGGUGGAUCUGACACUGGAUGAAGACCGCCACAGAUACCUGCUGUGAUCAAACACACUCACACGCUUAGAUACACACUCAUAUACAUGUGUCUGGUGGGCCGAGUGACUCAAACCAGAACACAGAACGAUGCUUUCAUUAAAUGAAAAACACUUCAAACUGCUCAAUGUUUGCUUCUGAUACACUUUGAUAUUGCCUGAUGAAUUACUUGCUACUGUGAGACAGCAAUGUGAAUAAAUGACAGCAGAUUUUAUCGGGUGGUAAUGGUUAAUGAGCAAAUACCCAUGAUAAACGUCAUACUGGUCUGAGAUAAAAACCAAAUAUGGGGCUUCCUUAUAGAAAUUAAUACUCAAUGUCAAUGGGUGAAUCUCACAAAAAAUGGUCAUAUUUCACUCCAAAAUCAAGACGAGCCAUAAACAAUCAAGACUAUUAAGAUUUUUUAAUUGACAUUUAUUGAUAGUCAUUUUUUAAAAAGACCAUCAUUUGAAAUAGUUAAAAUGUAAUGAUUUGAUUUUAAAAAAAAGUAAUUGUGUUAUAUUAUUAAAAUAAUUUUCUCCUUGUCAAUGUUUUCUGUAUUGCUGUAAUCCAUGGAUGCUCUACGUUAGACUGUUUAUGAACAUGUCAAAUUUAGAAAAUACCCUGUUUAUUUCUUUAUUUCUUUCUAUUGAUUUUGGGGCAUUUUUGUGAGAUUCAGCCAAAGAAAGUUUAAUCGCUCAUUUCAUAAUGGCAAAUGGGGGAUGUUUUACUUUAUCACAACCUGAGAUUUCAACGUCUUCUCUUCUUUUGAGUCACUUCGCCCCCCC